UAUUUGCAGAUAACAUGAUAAAUUUUGUACUUCGUAGUCUGAAAAAGUUGAAGCCAGAGGAAGAUGAGUGCCAUGUUUUCCAAGAAUUCCUCCUUGAAUGUGCCUGUGCGACCUGCAUUCUUUUUCAUCAGUGGAUUUUCUAACAUUCCACAUAGCAACUACUACUACAUUUUCUUGUCUUUUGUUUAUGUUGUUACCAUGCUGGGAAACUUAUUUGUCAUGAUUAUUAUUUACAGAGACCGCAGUCUUCACACCCCAAAGUAUAUGGCUAUUUUUAACUUAGCCAUCGCUGAUGUGUGCGAGAGCACUGCACUUAUUCCUAAUUUGAUUAAAACCUUUCUCUUUGAUUCACAGGAAAUUUCUUAUGAGGCUUGCUUGGCAAAUAUGUUUUUUGUAUUUUUCUUCAGCUGUAUGCAGUCAACCACUCUUGUUAUUCUGGCAUACGAUAGAUUUGUUGCUAUAUGUUUUCCACUGAGGUAUCAUGCUGUUGUCACAAACAUCUCAAUGGGAGUGCUUAUCACUGUCACAUGGACAUUCAAUUCAGCAGUCAUGUCUUUCACAGUGGUUUUGAUUAACAGACUUUCCUUCUGUAAGUCUACAGUGAUUGACAGCUUCUUUUGUGAUUAUGGACCAGUAUACAGAUUGGCUUGUAAUGACUAUUCUCUGAACAUCAUCAUGGCUUAUUUGAACAUUGCUAUAUUCAUUUUUCUACCACUAACUCUAAUUGGAUUGUCAUACAUCUGUAUUUUGGUGGCACUAUUUAAAAUCACGUCAUGGGAAGGGCGUUUAAAAGCCUGUAAAACCUGCUUUUCCCACUUGACAUUGGUGUCAAUAUUUUACAUUCCGACAGCGUGUACUUACAUAACUGCUAUGACUGUCUCCAUCCACCGCAAUGCCAAAAUAAUCAAUACAUCACUGUCAUACUCAUUACCUCCAAUGAUUAACCCCAUUGUGUAUUCACUGAAUACUGCAGACAUCAAGGAGUUUGCCAAAAAAACAUUCAGAGCAAAUAGACUCAAUAGAAUUCCACCUGCUUUAGAAGAAUAA